AUGAACGGAGGUCGCUGGACCGAGCAGGAACACCAGAGCUUCCUCGCGGGCUUGCGACUGUACGGCCGCGAGUGGAAAAAGGUGGCGGCCAAGAUCAAGACGCGCACGUCGGCUCAGAUCCGCAGCCAUGCCCAAAAGUACUUUGCCAAGCUCGCGCGU